AAAAGCCCAAUUUAGACAAUCACAGUACACAUUUUAGCCUUCUAAAACGCUCAGGUUGGGAACAACUAUUUGCCUUAAAGAGUGGUUAGCAAUCACUAAACACGUUCACUCCUCUAGACGUGCAAGUUAGUAACCACACUAAAAUUGCUAAUAAAUCUUUGGUUGGUGAAAUUCAAACUUUCCGCUUAUGUCUCUUCCCAAAUACAUCAUUUGUUGAAUAGCGUACGUUGGCAACUAUUGCCAAACUUUUAAUGAUAUUUCCAUCUAAUUCAACUUCCUAUGCGCGCAUGUUAGCAAUCAUCCCAAAUACAUCAUUCGUUGAAUAGUGUAUGUUCUAUUUGCCAAACUUUCAAUGAUGUAUAUCCAUCUAAACCAGCUUUUAUUCGCGCAUGUUAGCAAUCACAAUAACACGUCUACUCUUCUUAGCGACUAGUAUUUUGUCAAAAGUCGGAAGAAAAUCUCCGGCCAAGUCAACUUCUAUCGCUUUAAAAAGCGCAUGUUAGCUAUUAAAAAGCGCACGUUAGCAUCAUUUUCGGGAAAUUGCUAAUCAAACUUUCCACUUUCGUCUUCUUCCCGUGUAUAUCUUUAAUCUCCUCUGUUUGGUGACUAUUAUCCAAUUUCCACCGAUCUUCUCCUCAUAAAAACACCUCUUCCUCAACGAAUUUUUUAUCCAUGAGUCGCAUAAUGGGAUUGUUCGAUCUCGAGAAACACUUCGCCUUCUACGGUGCUUACCAUAGCAAUCCGAUCAACAUUCUAAUCCACAUCAUCUUCGUUUGGCCAAUCUUCUUCUCAGUUUUACUUCUCCUCCACUCGUCGACCCCAAUUUUCGACCCCUCUCAAUUAGGGUUUUCUCAAUCGUUGACCCUCGACGGCGUUUUGCGAUUUAACGUUGGGUUUAUAUUCGCCUUGAUUUAUGCUCUGUUCUAUAUCGGUUUGGAUAAGAAAUCUGGAUUUGUAGCUGCUCUUAUGUGUUUCUCUUGCUGGGUUGGUUCCAGUUUUCUUGCUGUUCGACUAGGAUCUUCUCUUGCCUUAAAGGUUGGGUUAGCAUCUCAGCUGUUAUGUUGGACCGGGCAGUUCGUUGGCCAUGGAGUAUUCGAGAAACGGGCACCUGCGCUGUUAGACAAUUUACUCCAAGCUUUUCUCAUGGCUCCUUUCUUCGUGUUGCUCGAGGUUCUUCAAUCGGUUUUCGGGUAUGAACCAUAUCCCGGUUUUCAAGCGCGUGUGAAUGCCAAGGUAGAAAGUGACAUCAAGGAAUAUAGGGCAAAGAAGCAGAAGAAGAAUAAGAUCACAUAAGCUUGGAUUAUAUAUAACUGAAGAACUUGAACCCAUUGUCGUGUUUCUAUAACCGAAAUGAUAAUAAGACCACCAUGAUCCAUGGAUUGAUGUAUUUGUGUGUAAACUAUGUUUCAAUAUAUUGAAUAUAAUAUGUUUCAGUCACUCAUGUUUCAAGAAAAAUAAACAAAAUGCGUUGCAUGUAUUACAAUCACAUAUUCACAGGUCAAUUGUUGUUCCGCUCGACUUGUUUUAGUCCGUUUUGA